GUGGUGCUCCCAGCUCUGGCCUCCCUGCGCGUGGCCGCCUACGAGGAGGGGGGGCGGCUGCUGGGGCAGCGGGUGCUGCCCGUGGCCUCCCUGCGCUCGGGGUACCACUACGUGCCCCUGAGGAACGAGAGCAACCAACCCCUGCUGCUGCCGGCGCUGCUGCUGCUCACCCAGGCCAGCGACCACGUCCCCCACGACCACCAGGAUUACGCCGAGGCCCUGAGCAACCCCAUCCGCCACGUCAGCCUCAUGGACCAGCGAGCCCGGCGCCUGGCGGCCCUGCUGGGGGACCCCGAG